AUGUUUUCCUUUUCCUUUAUCCCUUAUUUCUCUUUCUUACUGCAACAAUGUUUUUCCCUUUUUCCUUUUUUAUCCCUUUUUGUUCUAUUUCUUACUGCAACAAUGUUUCCAGAAAUGUUUUUUCUUUAUCCUUGUUCUCUUUCUUACGGCCACAAUGUUUUCCCCUUUUUCCUUUUUCCCUUUAUCCCUUGUUUUCUUUUCUUACUUGCUACGUCCACAAUGUUUUCCUUUUUCCUUUAUCCCUUGUUCUCUUUCUUACUGCAACAAUGUUUUCCUUUUUCCUUUAUCCCUUUCUUUCUUACUGCAACAAUGUUUUCUUUUUCCUUAUCCUUGUUCUUUUCUUACGUCCAAUGUUUUUUCUCUUUUUCCUUUAUCCUUUGUUCUCUUUCUUACUGUCAACAAUGUUUUCUCUUUUCUUUUAUCCCUUGUUCUUUCUUACGUCCACAAUGUUUCCUUUUUCCUUUAUCCCUUGUUCUCUUCUACUGCAACAAUGUUUUCCUUUUUCCUUUAUCCCUUGUUUCCUUCUUACUGCAACAAUGUUUUCCUUUUCCUUUAUCCCUUGUUCUCUUUCUUACGGCAACAAUGUUUUCCCCUUUUUCCUUUAUCCCUUGUUCUUUUUCUUGGCAACAAUGUUUUCCUUUUUCUUUAUCCCUUGUUCUCUUUUCUUACUGCAACAAUGUUUUCCUUUUCCUUUAUCCCUUGUUCUCUUUCUUACAACAAUGUUUUCUUUUUCCUUUAUCCCUUGUUCUCUUUCUUACUGCAACAAUGUUUUCCUUUUCCUUAUCCUUGUUCUCUUUUCUUACGUCCACAAUGUUUUCCUUUUUCCUUUAUCCCUUGUUCUCUUUCUUUACUCAACAAUGUUUUCCUUUUUCCUUUAUCCCUUGUUCUCUUUCUUACUGCAACAAUGUUUUCCCUUUUUCCUUUAUCCCUUGUUCUCUUUCUUACUGCAACAAUGUUUUCCCUUUUUCCUUUAUCCCUUGUUCUCUUUCUUACGUCCACAAUGUUUUCCCUUUUUCCUUUAUCCCUUGUUCUCUUUCUUACUGCAACAAUGUUUUCCCUUUUCCUUUAUCCCUUGUUCUCUUUUCUUACUGCAACAAUGUUUUCCUUUUUCCUUUAUCCCUUGUUCUCUUUCUUCAACAAUGUUUUCCUUUUUCCUUUGUCCCUUGUUCUCUUUCUUACGUCACAAUUUUUUUUUUUCCUUUAUCCUUGUUUGUUUCUCUUUCUGCAACAAUGUUUUCACUCCAAUGUUCUCUUUUUCCCUUUUCCUUUAUCCAUCAUUCUCUUUCUUACUGCAACAAUGUUUUCCCUUUUCCUUUAUCCUUGUUCUCUUUCUUGCAACUUAUUUUCCCCUUUAUCCCUUAUUCUCUUUCUUACUCCCAAUGUUUUCCUUUUCCUUUAUCCUUGUUCUCUCUUUCUUCCAAUGUUUUCCUUUCCUUUAUCCUUGUUCUCUUCUUACUGCAACAAUGUUUUCCCUUUUCCUUUAUCCCUUAUUCCUCUUUCUUACUGCAACAAUAUUUUCCCUUUUCCUUUAUCCCUUAUUCUCUUUUCUUACUGCAACUUAAUAUUUUCCUUUUUCCUUUAUCCCUUGUUCUCUUUCUUACUACCUUAAUGUUCCUUUUUCCUUUAUCUUUUUCCUUUACAAUGUUUUUCCCCCUCCCUUGUUCUCUUUUCUUCUGCAACAAUGUUUUCCUUUUCCUUUAUCCUUGUUCUUUCUUACUGCAACAAUGUUUUCCCUUUUCCUUUAUCCCUUUUUCUCUUUCAUUGCAACAAUGUUUUCCCUUUUUCCUUUAUCCUUGUUCUCUUUCUUACAUCUGUGUUUUCCCUUUUCCAAUUUCUCUUUUUUCCAUGUUUUUCCUUUUUUUCCUUUUAUCCUUGCAACAAUGUUUUCCUUUCUUUAUCCAUUUUGUUCUCUUUCAACAAUGUUUUCCCCUUUUUCCUUUAUCCCUUGUUCUCUCUUACUGCAACAAUGUUUUCCCUUUUUCCUUUAUCCCUGUUCUUUUCUUACUGCAACAAUGUUUUUCCUUUUUUCCUUUAUCCCUUGUUCUCUUUCUUACUCCACAAUGUUUUCCUUUUUCCUUUAUCCCUUGUUCUCUUUUCUUACUGCAACAAUGUUUCCCUUUUUCCUUUAUCCCUUGUUCUCUUUCUUACUGCAACAAUGUUUUCCCUUUUCCUUUAUCCCUUGUUCUCUUUCUUAUGUCCACAAUGUUUUUCCUUUUCCUUUAUCCUUAUUCUUUCUUUCAACUUUUCCUUUUUUUAUUUCUCUUUUCUUACUGCCACAAUGUUUCCCUUUUCCUUUGUUCCUCUUUCUUACUGCAACAAUGUUUUUUCCCUUUUCCUUUAUCCCUCUUUCUUAUUUCUUAA